CUUCUCUCGCCUCGAGCUCGAGACCGGCGGAAAAGACCGGAGUACCCCUCAUCCGCAAAGCCCCAGCUCGGCUCGGGAGGAGAGCUUAGGUUCGUCGGCGGCGGAGAUGGCGGUGGCAGAGAUGUGGGAGACGCUGAAGCAGGCGAUCGUGGCGUACACGGGGCUGUCGCCGCCGGCGUUCUUCACCGCCGUGGCGGUGGCGGCGGCGCUGUACCACGUCGUGUCGGGGAUCUUCGCGGCGCCGCCGCCGCCCCCGCCGCGGCCGCGGGACGAGCCCGAGGCGGAGCCGCUCCCGCCGCCCGUGCAGCUCGGGGAGGUCUCCGAGGAGGAGCUCCGGCAGUACAACGGGUCCGAUCCCAAGAAGCCCCUCCUCAUGGCCAUCAAGGGCCAGAUCUAUGACGUCACGCAGAGCAGAAUGUUCUAUGGACCUGGUGGACCUUAUGCGCUAUUCGCUGGCAAAGAUGCGAGCAGAGCGCUCGCCAAGAUGUCCUUCGAGCCCCAGGAUUUGACGAGCGACAUCUCUGGUCUUGGCCCCUUUGAACUCGACGCGUUGCAGGACUGGGAGUACAAGUUCAUGGGCAAGUACGUGAAGGUUGGUACCAUCAAGAAAACUGCCCCUGCUGAGGAUGGUAACACAAACACUUCACCAGAAACGACUGAAAACGCCGCUGCAGCCGAGCCAGAUAAGGCUCCAGCAACAGAAGUGAAGCCAAGGGAGGUGAGCUCCGAGGAGGUAAAAGAAAAGGAGGAGGUUGCUGCUGCUGCUGCUCCUGCUCCUGAUGAAGUCGCCAAAGAAAGCUAGAACACUACUCCAGUGACACUCAAUGCAGCAAUAAUUUGUGUAAUUGGAUGUGCAAUCUGUGCUAGCACCAUAGGACAUGGAGGUGCUGGUUCUUGCUGUUAGUCACUUUUAGCCGUUACUGUGGAGUAUUAGACAUCUGGGGUUUUAUGCCCCUUUUGUUAAAGUCUCUGUUAGUAACUAUGGGUGAAUAAUAAUAUAGCUGCCUUUCAAAGAACCUUUUAAAGUUU